GGCUGCGCGGUUGUUAUGUUUACGACAGCAGACGUAAAGCGUGUUCAGUGUCGUAUAUUUUGCAGAAUCACCAUGGCGCUGAAAGAAACCGCAGGUCUGUAUGAAACACUGAAAACAGAGUGGAACAAGAAAAACCCAAACCUGAGUAAAUGUGGAGAACUGCUCACCAAACUAAAGGUCAGUCUGAGCUCCGGUUUACCUGAUUUUAGUGUGUUUUUAACUGAGAAUAUAACCGAACAGAGGCGUUAGCUCUGUUAGCAGGUGAAGCUAAGUUAGCCAGGCUAACGCUGUGAGGUUUUAGUUAAAACUGUGAAAAUAAAGGAAAAUAAACUAAAUAAUGAGACUUUGUGUGAGUAGAUCGUGUUUUUAUCUGUGUUUUAAUCCUAGUAGAUGUCUGUAACCUCAGUGUUGAAGGUUAAACUGUGUCAGUGAAGCAGAUUUAUCGUCUGUUAUUCAUCAUAAAUCUCUUAUUUUUCUUCUUUUUACAGAUUUCUUUACUGGAUCUGAACUUUUUACCAACAUCAGGAUCUUCUCUGACCAAACAGCAGCUCAUUUUAGCUCGUAAGUAUUAUCACACACUCACACAUUAGGGGUCUGAAUAUUACUUUAAUGACAGUUAUCUUAAUGACUUGAAAACCAAACUCAAAACAAACCUUUUUAGUCUUUUAACUAAAUUUUUAUAUUAUUAACUUUGUUUAAGUGUUUUAACAUUUAUCUCUUAUAGUUUUAAUGACAGAAUCAUCUCUUAUUGAGCUAUUUUGGUGCUCUUAUUUUAGUGUCUUUUUAGUAUCUGUUUGAUUUCAUUUAUUAUUCCUUAAAAUUCAUUUAAUGUUACUUUAUUUUUAGAUUUUAAACCUCAAGUGUUUCCUUACCUUGAAUUUCCUCAGUGUACACAUUCCUUUUUAUUUGAAAUCAAGCCCUUUUUAAGUUUGUGCAUUUUAAUACUGUUUCUAUUCUGCUUUGAUUGUGGGGUGGGAAUGAGGGGUUGGGGUAGAUUAGGGUUUUCUUUGUUUCUUUUAUUCCUCUGCUGUGUAAAGAACUUUGUGUGAAAAGUGCUAUAUAAAUAAAGACUGGUCGAUUGAUUGAUUGAUUGAUUGAUUGAUUGAUUGAUUGAUUGAUUGAGUAAGGCCGGAGGCUGACAGAAAACUUGGACUUGAGUUUUGCAGUGUUGAUGUGUGUUAUUAAGUGAUAUAUAUUGUUUGUAUGUUUUCUCAGGUGAUGUUCUUGAAAUCGGAGCCUUGUGGAGUAUUCUCAAGAAGGACAUCCCAUCGUUUGAAAGAUACAUGGCCCAGCUAAAAUGUUACUACUUUGACUACAAGUAAUGUCAGCCUUUUGUUUUGAUUAGUUUGGGGUUUCUUAUAUUUUCUCACGUGUUUUACUAACCUAGCUCUUUUUAAUUUUGUCCUUAGGGAUGAACUGCCUGAAGCCGCUUACAUGCACCAGUUACUUGGACUGAACCUGCUGUUCCUGCUGUCACAGAACCGUGUGUCUGAGUUUCACACAGAACUUGAGAGGCUGAGCGCACGAGACAUUCAGACCAAUGUUUACAUCCGACAUCCAGUCUCUCUAGAACAGGUACACUGGGGAGCACAAAUUAAGGGUCAGAUACUGCACUGAGUUUUGAUUUGUUUGAUAUUUAUUACUUAGAUGAACAGGUUAUACUCUCUUUCCGUAAUAUGAAUAUUAUAUUUUACUCUCUUGGACUUCACAGUACUUGAUGGAGGGAAGCUACAACAAGGUGUUUCUCGCCAAAGGCAACAUACCUGCUGAGAGCUACACCUUUUUUAUAGAUAUUCUGCUCGACACCAUUCGGUAAGAUAUGCACGGUAUAAAUUCUCCUCUGACAGGAAACGAGUAAUCAAAAUACACCCACCCCCUUUUCUUCCUAAAUUUCAUCUUCCAUGUCAUGUACCAGGACUAACUGAUAAAAUUCACUGAUAAUUAAGAGAUCGCGUAAGCUUCAACGUUGACCUUUGCCGUUGCAGGGACGAGAUCGCAGGUUGCAUAGAGAAAGCGUACGAGCAGAUCCAGUUUGGUGAAGCCACACGUGUGCUGUUCUUCAGCUCACCCAAAAAGAUGACAGAAUACGCGAAGAAGGUAUGUGGGAUCUCAUUCUGAACAAUAUAUGUCAUAAUAUGUCACAUUGAAGUAUUAUCUAGUAUGUAGUGUCAUUCAUAAAGGUUUAAAAACAAACAAAUCAGACAUUUAUACUACAUGUAUGUGUUGCAUUUAGAUAUAAAGAGGGAGGGUAGAUAUCUAACAUGUUUUUUGAUUAUGUAUCACAAAGAUGGAGAUUUUCACUAAAGAGGGUUAAACAUACUAGGAAGAAUUUAUGUAAAUGCCUACAUGUUGUCAAGAUUUCCCUAUUUGGGUAUUUUCACCAUAAAUGAUUUAUCGUCAUUUUUAAAUAGUGAAGGUAGAGAAAAUCCUGACUUUGGGAUUUACUGAUUAAUUUAAUUUUGUCACUGUGUUUCAUGAGAUCUGCCCUUUUUUCUUUGGACAGAAAAUCUCCUCAAAGAUUCUCCCCCUAACAAAAAGCCAAAAGCUGAUUAUGUAUGUCAUAUCAUUUCAGAGGGGAUGGAGUUUGAGCCAAGACGGCUAUUACUCUUUCACCAGUCAGCAGCAGCGGACAGAAGAGGUGACCAUCCCCUCCACAGAGCUGGCACAACAGGUCAUCGAAUAUGCACGACAACUGGAAAUGAUUGUGUAAUCCGCCCCCAGGAACGCACUCAGCCAUGUACAGACACACUCAGAUACUCACGCCGCUGAUGCAGUAUACAUCCAGUCAGUUCAAACACAAUUUCCCUGAGGAUUAUGAAUGCAAUGUUUGCCAGAGUGGUUGAAAAUUUGCCCAUACCUCAUACAUCAAUCUCCUUUCAUUUUCUCUGGAGGUUCCUCUGACUGUCUUCUUUUAUUGUAAGAUAGAAACACCAAAACUACCACAAGAAAGUAGCUUUUUUUUCCAGCAACUGUAACACAUCUAGCUGGUCUGGAGACAAUAAAGAGUUAAAAUUUUAGUUACCUGUUUGGUCCAAGAAGUCAUCGGUUCGUCUCUGACUCGAGCUUGCUGUGGAAUAAGCCGGUGACUGAAAAAUUCGAACUUCCAUCGUUCACGUCCAGAAACUUGUCGUUGAUCACCACCGUAUUUCGUUGCCUGUAAGUUACAGUGUCACAAAAAUCUCUCAAUACACAACAUUGACAUUUCCAAAUGUAAGCAAACUCUUUUUGUAUACAAAGUUCAUUUUUUCCCCUUAGUAGAGCUUGCAGAAAUGUAUUGCCCUUGCCUUGUAUCCUAGCAACUGACGAAAUUGCCAUUGAAGUUUGUGAGUGUUUUUUUAAAUGGUAAUACCUCUUCCUCCCUAGAUGGUUUAUAAUCCAGUUGAUCUCACAAUGCAAACCUUUGUCUGCAAUAAAUGAAUCAGAAAAUAAACUUUUUGAAUGACUGUGUGCAGUUUUGCUCUAUUUUGUUUUACACUGCAGUUUCCUAAGGGAGCAAAUCCUCCCUGAAAAGUUACUGAUGGGAGGAAUCUGUAUUCUGACAGACAAGAGAAAGAAACACGUUAUCCGUACAUUUUAGUAAGUUUAAAUAUGUGUAAGUCUAAGAGCAUUUCCAAUCCAGCCAUGAGACCCUUGUUUACAUCACCAACACUUCAUAAGCUCUUGUGAUUUUGGUUGAAGGUUUGGUCUCCUUUUCAUUGAAAUAAAUCCUUACUGUUUAAAUCUGGUCAA